AUGGAGGAGUGUCUUGAGGAAUCAGAGGCUUAUCAACAGCAAUUGGAUAGGCAUAAUUUUGAAGGGAUGCAUUGCACCGUACGUCGCUUAGCAACGGGGCCAUCGUCAGCGAUUGAGGUAGGAUUGCAGAAUGUGCAGGGGCACCCAGAAAAUCAGGACGUAUUCGUAUCAUCUGGUGCGGUGGCACUUGGAGCCGUUCCGAAAGAGUAUGCAAAAGUCUCUCCUCCAGUGCAGCAGUAUUCCGAGCGUCAGCAGCCCUCAGCGCAGCAGCCGCACAUGAUGCAACAGUUUUCGAGCCAGCAAUCUCCAGUUGGGCAUAUUCCUGAGAAGCAACAUUUUCCGCUGUAUAAUCCUGUGGUACAGCAACUUCCAGUGCGUCAUUCUCUUAUGCAGCAUUCACCGACAAUGAAACCUCCGAUUUAUCAUCCUCCGAGGCAGCAUUGUUCGAUGCAGGAACCUCUACAGCAGGAUUAUUCAAGUCAGCAGCGUCCAGCGCAUGACCCCACAACUUCUGAAUUUGUACAGCUAAGUUCGAAUCCAAACGAGCAAGAACUGAUGCCCACACAGCGUCAGCUCACCUCACGUCAAUCUUUAGCUCGUGAUCUUCCAACGUUUUCUGGAGAUCCAGCUGCAUGGCCGAUAUUUAUAUCCAAUUUUGAAUACACGACGAAGACAUGUGGGUAUACAGAAGGAGAAAACAUGGUUCGCCUCCAACGAUGCCUGCGUGGUCGAGCGCUGGAGUGUGUUCGAAGUCGUCUUGUUUUCCCGACAGCGGUUCCACAAGUGAUUGAGGCAUUACGUAUGAGAUACGGACGUCCAGAGCUGCUAAUCAAUGCUUUGUUGCAGAAGGUCCGAGCAACUCCCGCUCCUCGUGGAGAUAAGCUGGAAGCCCUUAUCGAGUACGCGAUGGUUGUUCAAGAAUUGUGUGAUCAUAUUGAGGCAGCGAAUGAAACAGCGCACUUAUCAAACCCAACUCUUCUGCAAGAGCUUGUCGGGAAGUUACCCGCGGAUCAGAAGCUGAUGUGGGCCGGCUUUAAACGUGGACGACCAGUGGUAGACCUGAAAACGUUCAGCGAGUACAUGACGGGAGUAAUGCAGGAUGCGUCAAGUGUAGUCCUGUAUGAUUCGGAUUCCCGGAAAAGCAGUGGCAGAGAGAGAAUGAAAACGUACGUUAAUUCACACUUGGCUAAUGUUGAAGAGACACCUGCUUCGACGACGGCACAAUCCAAGCCUAGUGGAUGUUUGCAUUGCGGAAAGGAGGGUCACAAGCUUCGUGAGUGCCAUGCGUUCAGAGCGCUCUCCAUUGAUGAUCGUUGGCGACGAAUUCGAACACUGAAGCUGUGUCAAAUAUGUCUGUUUGAUCAUGGUAGAAGAGCAUGUCGUAGUAACAGCAAGUGCAACGUGAAUGGUUGUCAGUUUAAGCAUCAUCCUUUGCUUCACGGAAAAUCAACGACUCCUACAACUCAAGUGGCGAAUAAUCACAUUCAUCGACUUUUGGAUUCCGUUGUUCUGUUCCGUAUAGUACCUGUGACGCUAUAUGGAAAGACGGGAAAAAUCAACACCUUCGCUUUUCUGGAUGAAGGCUCGUCAUUGACUCUUAUUGAGGGUGCACUGGUGGCGAAACUAGGGUUGACAGGAAAUCCACAUCCACUUUGCCUGCGGUGGACGGGAAACACGUCACGCAUAGAGAAGGAGUCGCAGACUGUGACGAUCGCAAUAUCCGGUGUGCAUCAGCAACGCCGUUACCAGUUGGUAAAUGCUCGUACGGUUAAUAGUUUGGACCUCUCAACGCAAUCUUUCGACUUUGAGGAGGCAGCAAAGAGAUUCGCUUACCUCGAACAACUGCCGGUUCAAAGCUAUCGUAACGCUAAACCAGAGCUUUUGAUUGGAUUAGACAAUUUGAAACUUGCUGUGCCGUUGAAGACAAGAGAAGGCGAUGGAUCUGGGCCAAUUGCCGUAAAAACACGAUUAGGUUGGUGCAUCUAUGGAAGACGAGAUUCACGAGCCAAUGAAGGAUUCAGCUUCCAUAUUUGCGGAUGUACGGGAAACGACGAAUUACACGAAACAGUCAAACAGUUUUUCGCAGUAGAGGACAACGGAGUAAGGCAAAUCGGGAUCUGUCCUAGCGCGGAGGAACAGCGAGCUCAAGAACUAUUAGAAAAAACAACGAAGCGUAUCGGAAGGUACUUCGAAACAGGACUUCUCUGGGCAAAGGACGACAUUGAGUUACCCGAUAGUUACAGCAUGGCGUUGCAUCGGUAUCAGUGUGUUCAACGAAGAAUGGACCGCAAUCCGGAUCUUCGCGAGAAUAUCAGUCGUCAAAUGGAAGAUUAUGUGAAAAAAGGUUACGCACAUCGAGCGACUCCUGCCGAGUUGGAGAAUACUGAUCCCAGGAAAAUUUGGUUUUUACCAUUAGGAGCAGUAACGAAUCCAAACAAGCCUGGAAAGGUACGCCUUGUUUGGGACGCGGCGGCCAAGGUCUCUGGUGUAUCUUUGAACAGUAUAUUACUGAAAGGACCAGAUCAACUGACACUAUUGCCUGUUGUCUUGUUCCGAUUUCGUAUGUACUCCAUAGCAGUUAGUGCAGAUAUAGAACAGAUGUUCCAUCAGUUGAGAAUCAUAUCAUGCGAUAAGAAUUCAUUGCGAUUCCUGUGGAGUGACACACGAGGUAGUCCAGCUGAGAUUUACCUAAUGGAUGUUGCGACGUUCGGAGCGACAUGCUCGCCUGCCUCCGCGCAAUAUGUGAAAAAUCUGAACGCCAAGGAACAUAAUCAGCAGUAUCCAAGGGCCGUCGAAGCGAUAUUGAAGAGCCAUUACGUCGACGAUUAUCUCGACAGUUUUAGCACUGAAGCUGAAGCAGAGAAAAUUUCAUCGGAAGUGCGACUAGUUCACUACAACGGCGGGUUUCAUCUACGGAAUUGGAGAUCAAAUAGUGAAAAGGUCCUGACUGUACUCGGAGAACCAGCGGAAGUAGACAGCAAGAACCUGAACUUAGAAAGUGGCGAACAAGUUGAUAGAGUACUAGGAAUGCUAUGGUCGUCAAGAUCGGAUGAACUAAGUUUCUCCACCCGCAUGAGCAAGGAAGUGAAGAACCUUCUGGGAAGUGACGCUCGACCAACCAAACGUCAAGUUUUGCGGUGUGUUAUGUCCCUAUUCGAUCCUCUAGGGCUUCUUGCACCGUUCAUAAUUCAUGGUAAAGUGCUAAUUCAAGAGUUGUGGCGAGCUGGAACGGAGUGGGACGAAGCCAUAUGCGAUGAGGUGUUCGAACAUUGGAAGCGAUGGAUCAAGAUGAUAGAAUUUAUUUCAACCGUCAGGAUUCCCAGGUGUUAUUUUCAACGAGCCACUGAAUCGACGUACGAAGGAGCCCAGAUUCACGUGUUCGUCGAUGCUAGUGAAAUUGCUUAUUCCUGUGCUGUGUACAUACGAACGGCGAUAGUUGGCGAUGUUCUCGAUUGUGUCUUGAUUGCUGGAAAAACAAGGUAG